ACUUUUUUGAGUCCUGCACAUGGAAAGAGCGGAGAGAGCGUUUCCCCGGAAUCUCUCUCUUUCUCUCUCUUAUAAAUCCAUCCCCCCUUCUCCGUUCUCUUUUACUCCAUCAUCUGCACCUCUCUCUCUUGCUCAACCCAACCAAACCAUGGGAGCCGAGCCAGACCCCGAGCCAAGCUCCACACCAACGCUUUCUUUUCUCCCCCUCCCCAACCAAUCCCCCGAACCUGCCGGCAUGGCCACACCCCCUCUUCGACCUCCAGCUUCAAUUCCGUUCCUAUGGGAAGAAGCACCUGGCAAGCCCCGAACCUCCCUCCCCAACCUCACCCCCUUGGUUCGGCGCCUAGACCUUCCCCCUAAUAGGUUCCUUUGUAUCAAUAGUGUCAUGGAUCAAAAUGACCCCUCUCCAACUAGUGUCCUACAAGGCCCUUAUAUGGGCAACUCCUCUACAAAAUCAAAGGGCACCGGCCCUAGUAAUAGUGGUAGACAUGGGGACUUUUUUGGGUUUUGGGGUCGGAGAGUAUGGCCUAAUAAGGGUGGGUCUCUUAGGCUUUCGGAGUCUUUCAGGUUGAGUGGUGAUGGAAAGAGAAUGGACGGCUGGGAUUCGGCUUCCGUGACAGAAGGGGCGGUCAGGAUCACGAGGGUGGUGCGGAAGGAUAGCUUCUUGAGCCUGAGUAAGACGUCGGGUUUGCUGAGAAGCAUUUUGAAGCAAAUGGUCCCGCUAAGGAAGAGGAAACACAAGAAAGAAGGGUUGUGAUUCCACACCGCCUCCUCAUCAACCGUUGCAACAACGCCGCGUGGCAACAAUCAACGUUCUAGGGAAAACGAAGUUGUUAUGGCCCUGUCUCCUAACGGAGUGUAAAUAGUUGAAAAUAGAUAGGGUCGUUUUCAACUUUGAAAAAUGGAGACAGAGAAGUGUGUUUUUCAUUUCAUGUUAUCGUUUUUUGUUUUAACGAAGGAGUGUGCUUUUUUCAGUUGGGGAUAAAAGAAAAAAACAAGUAAGACAACGUAUUGAUUAAAAAAGGUCUGAAAUUUAGCCUAA